GAAAUUUUAGCGCCUAAAACGCCGCCGUUUAGGGACAUCGCAGUUUUCAUUGUUCGUUGUCCAUCGCCUUCACUGGAACGCAGAAAGCAGUUGUAGGGUUUAUGCAAAAGGGUUUUAACAAAAAUCCCAAAUUCACAAAAACCUCUCAACAUUUCGGACCAUGAGAAAAUCUUCAAUCUCACUCUUCUCCCACCUCACUCGCCAGAGACUCAAAUCCUCAGCCCCUCCUUUUCUUUCCAGAAAUUACAUUUCCGACCGCCCAUCCUCCUCCUCCUCGCAAUCUCCGCCGCCGGUCUCACCGGCCCGUUUCAGCCCCUGCGCCAUAAUUCAGGACUCAUUCUUCACAAGUAGCCAAUUCCAAGCAAACCCAUCUCGAAAUAUGAACACCGUCGUCGAAACAUCGCCUCAAAUUUCCUCCAGGCAAAGAAAAUCCAUGGAAAAGUCGGACCUUGAAGAGGCGUUCGAGUCUGCGAAAACCAUCGAAGAAAUGCUUGCGGCUUUCAAGGCCAUGGAGUCGGCUUUCGAAGAGAGGGAGCUCGGCAUGGCUGCUCUGAAAGUCGGCCUCAAGCUUGACCAGGAAGGCGAGGACCCUGAAAUGGCUCUGUCUUUUGCUACCAGAGCAUUGAAGGCCUUGGAUAGAGACGAUAGCGGUAAGCCCUCUUUGGUUGUUGCCAUGGCUUUGCAGUUAAUGGGUUCUGUUAAUUAUGGAUUAAAAAGGUUUAGUGAUAGUUUGGGGUACCUUAAUAGGGCUAAUAGAGCGUUGUGUAGAUUAGAGGAGGAGGGUUUUGAUGUUCGGGAUCUUAGGCCGGUGCUUCACGCUGUGCAGCUCGAGUUGGCAAAUGUGAAGACGGCAAUGGGGAGGAGAGAGGAGGCUCUAGGGAAUCUUAGGAAGUGUUUGGAGAUUAAGGAGUUGAUGUUGGAGAAAGAUAGUACUGAACUUGGCAAGGGACACCGGGAUUUGGCAGAGGCGUAUGUAGCUCUUUUGAACUUUAAAGAUGCAUUAGGAUUCUGUAGGAAGGCGUUGGAGAUUCACAAAGAAAAGUUGGGGCAGAAUUCGGUUGAGGUUGCACAUGACAGGAGGCUUCUUGCAGUCAUUUAUACUGGGUUGGAGGAGCAUGAGAAAGCGUUGGAGCAAAAUGCAUUGUCACAAAGGGUUUUGAAGAAUUGGGGUCUUAGUUCCGACUUGCUUCGUGCGGAGAUUGAUGCUGCUAAUAUGCAGAUUGCCCUGGGAAACUUUGACGAGGCUAUUGAAACUUUGAAGCGUGUUGUUCAGCAGACAGAUAAGGAUAGUGAGACUAGGGCACUGGUGUUUAUCUCGAUGGGAAAAGCAUUAUGUAAUCAGGAAAGAACGGCAGAUGCAAAGAGAUGUUUGGAGCUUGCUUGUGGAAUUCUUGACAAGAGAGAGACAAUCUCCCCAGUAGAUGUUUCUGAAGCAUACUCGGAGAUAGCAAUGCAAUAUGAGACUAUGAAUGAGUUUGAAACUGCAAUCUCACUGUUAAAGCGAACACUAGCUUUGCUUGAGAAGCUCCCACAAGAACAGCACUCUGAGGGAAGUGUUUCAGCUAGAAUAGGGUGGUUACUUCUGUUGACCGGAAAGGUCUCACAGGCUGUUCCUUACUUGGAGAGUGCAGCUGAGAGGUUGAAAGAGAGCUUUGGUCCCAAGCAUUUUGGCGUCGGCUAUAUUUACAAUAACUUGGGGGCAGCAUAUUUAGAACUAGAGAGACCUCAGUCAGCUGCACAGAUGUUUGCUGUUGCGAAGGACAUCAUGGAUGUCUCACUUGGUCCCCAUCAUGCCGAUUCAAUUGAGUCAUGCCAGAACCUCUCAAAAGCAUACGCUGCCAUGGGAAGCUAUGUCCUUGCAAUCCAAUUCCAGCAGCAAGUAGUUGAUGCUUGGGAAAGCCACGGACCAAGUGCUGAAGACGAACUCAAAGAAGCACACCGAGUUCUCGAACAAUUGAAAUUUAAAGCCCGUAACACAUUUGCAAGUAAUGAAUUUACUACAAAGGCCUUACCUCUGCCCCAGACCCAAACGCAUGGAUCUGACAGGAGUUCAAAAGGCUGAUUUCCUGUGAAUUAAUAAUUCAGAAGAUGCUCAAACUUAUCCAUCUGCUGCAUAGCAUGGACUGGGUAGCUUCAUAUAUUGGUGAGGAUCUGUGGCUGCUGGUUUUAAUUUUUUUGGUAAUCUUACGUAGCUAGUUAUAUAAACGACACAAUUUAUAGUGAUUCAUAGUUUUGCCAAUGCCUUAAUUAUUCUGAAGUAAUCACCCUGUUUUUUCUGCUAGAAGUUGAAGAUUUUGGCCAGCAUUCGAGUUUAGCCUGUCUACGAAGCUUGUAAUGAUAAUCUUGGUCCUUAAUUGCUUGAUUAAUAAACGAUCUUACGGGUCUUUGUGAUACACUUAUUAUGUUUAGUAAGAAUUUAAUCUACA